CUUGACAUUAAUCGAACUAUCGCUUUUUACCGGCAAUUCCGCAUUUGCAACUGGCUUCCAUGCACAUUUAAUUUAAUUUUUUACCAAUAUCUCAACUUAUAGUUAUGUCGGAGACCAGUGGACCCGCAGUGCGCAUGCCUUGGGUGGAGAAGUACAGACCAAGCGGACUCGAUGAUUUGAUAUCUCACGAGGAAAUAAUAUCAACAAUUACCCGCUUUAUAAGCCGCAAGCAGCUGCCCCAUUUGCUCUUCUACGGACCACCUGGCACGGGAAAAACGAGCACAAUCCUGGCCUGCGCUCGCCAAUUGUAUUCCCCUCAGCAGUUCAAGUCUAUGGUUCUGGAGCUAAAUGCCUCGGAUGACCGAGGCAUCGGGAUUGUGCGCGGUCAAAUCCUUAACUUCGCGUCCACACGCACCAUUUUCUGCGACACCUUUAAGCUGAUCAUUUUGGACGAGGCCGAUGCCAUGACCAACGAUGCCCAGAAUGCCCUGCGCCGCAUCAUUGAGAAAUAUACGGACAACGUGCGCUUCUGUGUAAUUUGCAAUUAUUUGAGCAAAAUCAUUCCGGCCCUGCAGUCGCGUUGCACCCGUUUUCGGUUCGCUCCAUUAUCUCAGGAUCAGAUGAUGCCGCGACUGGAAAAAAUCAUCGAAGCCGAAGCCGUUCAGAUUACCGAAGACGGCAAGCGGGCACUGCUAACCCUUGCCAAAGGCGAUAUGAGAAAGGUCUUGAACGUCCUGCAGAGUACAGUGAUGGCAUUUGAUACGGUCAACGAGGACAACGUUUACAUGUGCGUGGGCUAUCCGUUGAGGCAGGAUAUUGAACAGAUAUUGAAGGCCUUGCUAUCCGGCAGUAGCUUGGAGGACUCCUUCAAAACUGUCGAAAGUGCCAAGUACGCAAGAGGUCUCGCUUUGGAAGACAUCAUUACAGAAUUGCAUUUGUUUGUUAUGAGACUUGAGCUGCCCAUGUCGGUCAUGAACAAGCUUAUUGUUAAGCUAGCUCAGAUCGAAGAGAGAUUGGCCAAAGGAUGUACAGAAGUGGCUCAAACGGCAGCUCUGGUAGCCGCCUUCUUUAUUUGCCGGGAUAUGGUUUCAAUGGAGAAGUGAAAUAUUGUGUAUUCCAAUAAUAGGGUAGAAUUAAAUUAUAAAUACAAAAACAUAAAAAAUGUA